AUGGUGGACGCUUUCGCCACUGGACCAGCGUGGGCGGGCAAGAGGGGGCUCGCGGCGGCGACGGACCAGAACGACCCCAACAAGCAGUUCAAGAGCAAGGGCGCGGGCAAGGGCAAGGACUGGGACAGGGUGGAGCAGACCGCGGUCACCUCGGCCAAGCUGGCGCUCGUAGUCGCCAAAGACGUACAGGACCUGCAGGCCGCAGUGCACGAGGCCUGGGAGAUGGACGCAGCCAAGCCGCUCCCCACGUUCGCCAUUCAAGCGGGCCAGCAAUGCGACGCCGACGCCAAGGAGCUGAAGGAGCAACGCAUGAUGGACAGCCAGACCGACACGGCGGCCCUCGGCCCGCCGCGCCUGGUGAUCGCAGCGGCGACGAUCAAAGGGCUGGCGACCCUGGUGGACCCGGAAGCCAAGAAGGGGUCGGAGCCGCUGGGCACCGGCAUCGCCCACUUCCAGGCGAAGAAGAACAAGGCCCCCAACAAGAAGGAGAAAGUGCGGCUAAUCUUUUCCUUCGACUUGCACGGGCGCAACAUGAAGCUGAUUCGGGACAUCAUCAUCGCCGAGAUCAAGGAAGAGGGAGGCCAGCGGAAGCUGGGCGCAGCACCGCGGGGGCCACUCCAGCGCGAGCUGAACCGCCUCGUCCACACGACGAAGUGA